AUGGAGGUUCUGACGAUGACAGAGAAGUUUUUCGGCCAAGAAAAAUCAACGUGUCCAAGACUUGUAAGGAUAUCAAUGACCGAUCCCUAUGCAACCGAUUCUUCAGCAAAUGAAAAUGAUGAUCAUUUCGGACGGUGGCAUGUGAAUAAGUAUGUCAAUGAAAUUAACAUACAAACGUCGUGCAAAACUACAAUGAUGCCUGUCAACGACAACAUGAUGACGACCAGAAAUAGGCCAUAUGCUCUAGAAGCGAAACAGAAGUCUAUGAAGAAGAAGAGAACUGCGGCGGACAACGUUAGGAAGUUUCGAGGAAUCCAGCAAAGGCCUUGGGGUAAGUGGGCAGCGGAGAUUAUGGAUCCGGCUACACGUGAACGGUGGUGGUUGGGGACGCGUGAUACGGCGGAGGAGGCUGCCAGGGCGUAUGAUAAUGCCGCCAUUAAACUCUGUGGUCAUGGUGCUGUAAAAAACUUCAUCAUGCCGCUGGUUUUGGAAAACCCACGACCGGUGAAUGUUACAUCGAUGUUCGACCAUGAUUCCAGCUUAAAGUUGCACAACCUUCCAUUUGGGGAAGCACCACCUUUUGAUUUCCAAUCAUUUGACCUGAUACAAUUUGGUGAUGAAGUUCUAUUUUAUAACAUGCAUGAUGAUUUCGGGAUUACAAACCCGAACCAAUUCGAUGAUUUUGCUACAAUACCAUUUGUUGAUGACUUCAUUCCUGAUAUUGGAUGUGGAUCCUCCUCAACUUUAUAA